UAUUGUUUUUAUAAUUUUUCGGGGAGCGCCAAGUUACAUGAAAAAAUGUUCAAAUCUUAAAAACUUACAAACGUAUUUAAAAUGUCCAAGCGGUACAUGUUUCCACAACAAUACGGCGAGCGAAAAAAAGCAAAACUUGAUGUAACGGUGUCUGACCACAAUUUUCCAUUAAGUCAAAACCUUGGAAAUGGGAAAGAUGGCAAUCAUGGGAACUCUUGGGGCGAUGACAACGACGAUGAAAUUCUCCUACUCGCCAGCCAAGCGUGCGAAGAAGCAUACAAUGACCAUAACAUCAGUGACUUACCAAAUUAUAGCGUAUGCAUGCAACCUGAAACCACAAGCACUCAGUUUUGUGAUCCAGCACCCAGUACUUCGAAAACUGCGUUCACAUUCAAGAAACCUACUUCAAGCCCCAUAAAUAUCAUCACAACUAAAUUAAAAGACAAAUGCGAUAGAAUAUCUUCACCCCUACCAGGCAUGUCCAAAGUAUGUAAAAUGAAUGGAGUCAAUGUCAGCGAUGAUAUAAUAAUAAAUGAUAACAUUGGCAAACAAGACACCGACCAUAUUUACAGGCAGUUACUAAAACUCAAAGAGGAAAAUGGAAAAUUAAAGUUAGAAAAUGGAAAAUUGUUAGAAAAAUGUGUGACUAAAGAAGGAGAGGCAUCAAUACUCAGGACUCAGCUUAAGGCAUCCCAGAUUUCAGUAGAUAGUGCUAGAUUGGAGAAGGUUAAAGUGCAGGAAAGAAUGCAGAUGGAAUGGUCUGAUAAAGUAACUGCAGUUAGUAAUCAGAUGCACGAUUUGAGGACGCAACUUGAUUUCAAGAAUUUAGAAAUAAUAAGUAUCAAAGAGAAAUGUAAGAUGUUAGAGUCAAACAAAGUAAGACUUACACAGAUUACCGUUACAGGGAAUGAUGUAACAAUGAGUCAAAGACACAACAAUAACAGCUAUGCAGGACAUCAAGCUGUAACUCAAUACAAAAAACUGAAGACCGCAUCGAGUGCUGUUCAAACGGAUGAGAAGUCACAUUUUGUACAACUUAACAUACCAGCUAGAGAAGGUAUAUCGAAGUUACCACAGAUUCUACCACUUAUCCUAACACCAACAAAUAACCAGUGCUCUAUACUUGACUUCAAUGAAAAGUUACGACAGUCAAGAGAAGCUAACAAAUGUCGUAUAUACAGUACUUUUCAUAGACUACCUUCCACUCCAAAAGUUUGUAAAGAAAAGAGAAAAAAGAUUAAUUUAAACACAAUUUAUGAAAGUUUAUCAAAAAUGGCUGCCUGUAGAGAUUGGACAGUUGAAGACUUUUUGGAUGUUUUUAAAAUAGCAAUAGAAGUAUUACAAGAUGUGCAGUGUGAAUUGGAAAUGAUCAGUCAAAGGAUGACGACGGCAUUCCAAAAGGAAAUGGACGAGAAGUACAUAGACGUCACUUCUAACCUAUUAGUUGUUUACAAGAAAGAUUUAUUGACUGGCCGGGCACUCUACAAAGAAGAGCAGGUCAUAUCAGCAAGAAGGAUGACAGCUGUUUUAGUGUACAUUCUAGAAGACUCGAGAUGUGAACAAAUUGUUGAAAAUAUACUUUAUGAACAUUCGAUGGGAGAGACAGAUCUUUUGAAUAGUUUAAAUAAAAUAUGUACUUUAUUAGAUAACACUACAUGUGCUCUACUUUACAGCGGGCUACUAUUCGCAAUAACAUUAUUACUAAAAAGGAUAAUAUCUUUGACCACAAAACAAAAGCAAAUAAUAGAAAUAUUAAAAACCGUUAUACUUUCAAGACCCAUGCCUUUUGUCACUUGUGAGAUUUUACACUUAUUUGGUCAAAUGUUAUCGGCGAAGACGUCAAAAGAGUUGUGUUGUAAAGGUGUUGUAGGAAACUUAAAAAUGGAUUAUGACCAAGGUGUCUUACUGUACAGAAAAGAUUCUUGUAUAUUACAAGUUAUGUUGAAACAGAUAGAGGGUGUUUUAAAGUGCGUGCAAAGAGCGAGGAAUGUGGAGCAUGCUCUAUAUAAUACUAGGAAUCUUAUUUCGCUAUAUAAUAGUAUAAGUUAUAAAGAUACUGGCAGUCAACAAGAGAAACACAGAUGCGACUGCCAAAUAGUUUUAAUGCAAGUGAUAGUGUACGGACUCAAUGUAUGCGCCAACAUGCUAAAUACUGGCAAGUUAACAGACACACAGACAGACAUACUUGGCGUAUGUCGCAGUGGUGUACAGGUGCUGUACCAGUACGCGAUCAGGGACGUUGAGUUCGCUUCCCAGUUGGGGCACAACGAGGGCCAUCUCUUGGAACUCUGUGAAAUACUAAAAGGCUUUGAGCAUGCAGAUAUUUAUAGCAGCAUGUUAUCAGAGGUAACCAGCACAUUCCAGGCCGCGUCAGAGGACCAGCCAACACACUACCACCGGCAGGCGUGGCUCAGCAGCUUCCAGAACUGCACUAUGACUGAUUAGAUUUAGUGUAACGCAGUUUAGCAAUACGUACAGUUCGGAAACGAAUCGACAAAGACAACGUAGAUAAAAAUCGUUCCCACAGCGUAGGGAUGAAGUGCAGACACCCAUUACUCUGCUCAAAUUUUCAUUUGUAGGCAGUUUUCAGUCAGUACUGAACUCAGUUUGAUUUAUUUCAUUUAUAUUUAGUUAUCUGUUUAAGGUCUUCAGAGAUAGAAGAUUAACUAUGAACCAAUAAUGGCCAGCGCACUCCGGAAACGGUCGGCAAGAGCAUUUUUAUCUUUACCCAAGCUUAAAUUAAAAGGUGAUAAUAAGAUCAAAGGUUAUUUCCCGGGUGGCCUGCCCUGCCGUCCCCAGUGUACAUUGGUCAUUACUCGCAAUCAUUGAAUAUUUUCGUAAAAAAUAUGCAUUUAAACGUAUGUAAUACUAAUAAGAGAAAGUAUAUUGGUAAUUUUUUUCAACUACUAGUCAUCAGCAUCAGAUGCCCACUACAGAGCACGGGUCUCCUCCGAAAAUGAGAAGGUCAAAGCCGUAGUCCACCUCGCUGGCCCAGUGUUGAUUGGUGGGUCUCUGCUAGGAAUGCUUUGAAAUUUAAUAAAACUUAUAUUAUAAUAUAUAUAUAUAUUUUCGACCACUUAUCUAAUGGUACGUCUCUAACAUGUUGCUAAGUUUCGGUGGCCCAUCAUUCAAAAACCCUGUCUGAAUAGAUCGUUAUUAUCGUUUCUGAACUGUACGUUCUAUACACUGUGAUAAAACAUGUAAUUUACACUUGUAAAUAAAUUUGUAUCAUAAUUAAAACAAACAACUUUA